CAACAGGUGGGCAGCAUUGUGAGCCACAACACAUGGAGAGAAAUGAUUUCGAGCUUCAUCUGCCCGGCUUUAGGUUUCAUCCAACAGAGGCAGAGCUGCUAGAUUUCUAUCUCAGAAGAGUAGUGCGGGGCGAGAAACUUGACUUCGAUUUCAUUGGCAGUCUUAACAUCUACCACUAUGACCCAUGGGAGCUCCCAGGCCUGGCGAAGGUAGGGGAAAGGGAGUGGUACUUCUUUGUGCCGAGGGACCGGAAGAGCGGGAACCGGGGACGGGCCAACCGGACGACCGAACGGGGCUUCUGGAAGGCAACCGGCUGCGACCGGCAGAUACGGAGUCUGGCGGACUCGAAGCACCUCCUUGGGUUGAAGAAGACGUUGGUGUUCUAUCAGGGUCGAGCGCCGCGAGGCACCAAGACUGACUGGAUCAUGAAUGAGUACCGGUUGCCGGAUAGUUACUCUGCCGCCAUCUCCACACCUCAACAGGUCAUAGUGCUCUGCAAGAUCUACAGGAAAGCAACAUCGAUGAAGGAGUUGGAACAAAGAGCCGCAUCAGAAGAGAAGAGAAAGGAGGCCCAGAUUUGCUCGGCCAUGGCUGACAACGUAUCCAUCUUCUCGGCUCCUUCAGAAUGCAUGGAUGUCAAGGAGAUGGAGGCACCGAAGAAGGUGGAGGUGACUUCGACGACCUUUCGCUCUGUGAAGCUCCCGGAGCUCCAAAUCCCCAUGGACAGCCUUGAUUGGAUGCAGGACCCCUUCCUGACACAGCUGCGCAGCCCAUGGCUGGAUCAAUGGUCCCCUUGUGCCAACAUCCUCUACUUCUGACAUGCACGCAAACUGCAUGACAAUAUGCAACAUGAAACUUGAAUCGGCUAGGUGUCAAGAUAUAAUUGUCAGGAUCGAGAGAGGGGAAACAGCUGAUUUAGCUUGCUGAUUAAAGAGCAUCACAGGUAGGUAGGCCAGGUGUAGAGAAUGUUUGAAAAGUUAUCGGAUAGUGUGAGAGUGAGUUUUCUUGUUGGCUUUGGUGCUCCUUCUGAAUCGGUGGAUAUUCCUGUUUAACAUAAUUUGCUUCGUCAAACAAGAAUACU